UGCAUCUCUUGGCAGGAGGUCAGCCAUUACAUCACAUGAACUCAUAGCAAGUUGAUUAGAUCAGUGCCUGAAACUGGAGCACAGCACCCAGAGCCCUGGCCCCUCCCCCCAGCCCUGGCCACUCCCCAUGCCUGGCAAUGGGCUGGUGGCAAGGUGCUAAAGCCCACCCCUCCUCCUUUUGGGGGAUUCUGAAGCCAGUCGCCCCCUUACCCCCUCUACCCAGCACCUGCUAAAUUGACUGGCACCCACCAGGUGUCACGCUGCUGCCCAGAGAUUCCCAACCUUCCCGGCGGUACGUAAAGCCGCUUUGGGUGAAUGACACCAGGCUUAUUUAAAAGCACCCCAUAAACAGAUCCCAAUGUGACACACACAAACACAUACACACAAGCUCACACACACUUUCACUUCCGCAGGGCCAUGCCAUCCACCUGAUGCCAGUCCCGUAAGAUGACAGAGCUCAUGGCUGAUGGGAAAUGGUGUGUGUGUGUGUGUGUGUGUCGGGGGGUGGGUGUGUGUCAUGGACGUAUAAAACACAGUGUGUUUCACUCGGUAUAUAAACACUGUGUACUGACAGGCGCUACAUACCUGACCGAUUGCUGAGAAAAUAUUGAAUGGCUGAUUCUACUUUCUGAUUGAACGUCUGGGAGUACGUCCAGAGCGCCAACUAGACAAAUACUUGGCUAACGGCAGGAGAAAAAAGAAUGCCGAAAAUUGGGGCGAAACCGCCUAGGGGCCCCAGACGCGACAGGGAGCCCCAGACCCCGGAGAUGAAUAAGCUGCGACAGAGUCUGCGCAGGAAGAAGCCCACCUACGUCCCGGAGGCCAGCAGACCCCACCAGUGGCAGGCAGACGAGGAAGCUGUCCGCAGGGGCAAAUGCAACUUCCCUGUCAGGUACCUGGGCCUGGUGGAGGUAGAAGAGUCGAGAGGAAUGCAUGUGUGUGAGGAGGCUGUGAAAAAGCUCAAAGUUAGUGGCAAGAAGACUGUGAAAGCAGUACUUUGGGUGUCGGCAGAUGGCCUGAGAGUGGUGGAUGACAAAACUAAGGACCUUAUCGUAGACCAGACCAUUGAGAAGGUGUCCUUCUGCGCGCCUGACCGCAAUUAUGACAAGGCUUUCUCCUACAUCUGCCGUGAUGGUACCACCCGUCGCUGGAUCUGUCAUUGCUUCAUGGCCUUGAAGGACUCGGGCGAGCGUCUGAGUCAUGCCGUGGGCUGCGCCUUCGCCGCCUGUCUGGAGAGGAAGCAACGGCGUGAGAAGGAGUGUGGCGUCACGGCCUCGUUCGACGCCAGCCGUACGUCCUUCGUGCGCGAGGGCUCGUUCCGCGUGACGUCGUCCAGCCAGGAGGCGGGUGAGCGCGAGGACAUCGUGAAGCAGCUGCAGGACAAAAAGCAAGAGCCACCAUGUGGCAUUCCAUCCCUCCCCCCUGGCACUGCUUCACCUCCUGAAGGGGCAGCAUCGCCUGUGGGGCAAGGGGUGGAGCCUGGAGGCCCGCAUGCAAUCCCGCGUCGCCAUGCCCCCAUCGAGCAGCUUGUGCGACAGGGAUCAUUUCGAGGCUUUCCGGCCCUCAGUGGGAAGAACUCGCCAUUCAAGAGGCAGCUAUCACUACGUCUCAAUGACCUGCCUUCUACACUGCAGCGCAAGACAGCUGACUUCCAGAGCAAGAACCAAGUCCCAGAGAUGGACCUGUCAGUGUGUGGUGAGGCAGACAGCAGCAUCAACGCUCUCUGCAGCCAGAUCAACCAGUCCUUCACCAAGCCCUCCGAGGAACUGUUCUGCGACCCCCCAGCCAACGGCCUGCCGACCUGCACCAUGCCCCCAGCCAUCCCCCCUCCACCCGCGCCCCUGCAGGCCACGUCCUCCUGGCCGCAAGCGCCGCCAGUCCAGUCCCCGCCGCCGGUGGUCCACAGCGGACACAGGAGGACGCCCUCCGAGGCGGAGCGCUGGCUGGAAGAGGUGGCCAAGGCCGUCAUGGCGCAGCAACAGACCCCCAUCCUGCAGCCGACACUGUCCCCGCCGCCCACCGCGCCCAGCCUGGCCAUGUCCACCCCGCCUGUGUCCAGCGUGUCCCUGAUGGCGGCGACGGUGCCGGGCGUGCCGGUCUCCCUGCCCGGCGGCAUGCAGCCCUUUCCCCUGGCGUUCGAUGGCGCGCCCCCCGCGCCCGUCGGCGUGUACGCCCAGCCACCGCUGCAGCCGGCGUUUUUGCCCAUGCAGGCCUACAUGCCCGGCCUGGCAAACAGCAUGACGUACCCCAACGCCAGCGUGCCCGUGGUGGGCAUCACGCCCUCCCAGAUGGUGGCCAACGUCUUCUGCACAGCGGCAGGCUCCAGCGGCGGCCCGUCCAUGGGGGCACUCGGAGGCGGGCAUCGCCACUCCUUUUCCGGCCAAUCGGGCGGGUUCCCUGUGGCGCCAUUCGGAGCUCAUCCCACCGUCAACGGCCUCCCCCACAACGUCCCCGCCUCCAUGCACACCGCGGCCGCACAGAACGGUGCCAGCAGCAACGGCGGAGGGGGCGGCUGGCCACCGGAGGGCGCCGCGCAGGCCAACCCGCUCCCUGCCGACUCCCAGGAGGUUGACCGCUUUGAGGCGAAGUGGGCAGCGCUGGAGACCAAAUUGCAACCGACGGCGACACCCAACCCCUUUUCCAACGACUUGCAGAAGAACUUUGAGAUUGACCUUUAACUUGGUAUUCUGCAGGGUUCGAAAACUGACCUCCAACGGGACAAAGCUCUUCACCCCCCCCCCCCCCCCCCCCCCCAAGGAUGUGUAUUCUGUUCUAGUAGACAAUUGGGUUCUAGAACAGGAUGGGGUUCUAGGUCAGGGGGGAUGGGAUGACUGUUUGUGGGUCCUAGUCAUGCAUCCCAUGUGAUUUCUACCAGUCCAGUUCUAGGCAGGAAUGCGUGGAGGAAGCCUGACAAUAUGGACACAUCACAAGACAAUGAAAUGAGAGACUGAGAGAGAUGGUUACGGUUCUUUUACCCAAGCACAGCCCCGGUUGGCCAGCCAAUUACACAGCUCACUGGUAGAAACCCCAAAGGAGGUGACAACCAACAAGAGAGACAGACAGUUGGACGGCCAAAACAGUCAUAUUUAUUAUUUUUACUUUGAUUUUAACCGUUUAUAGUUUUCAAUCUUUUUUUUUUCAUAAAGUUGUACGUCCCUGUGUUUAUUUUUGUGGAACUGGAAAGACGAGGGAAAUAACUAGCACCUGGAACUGCAGCAGCCCGAACAAUUAGAGAAAGGUAUUGAAAUGACAGGCUGGUUUAUAACAGGAGCCAUUUUGACCGGGACCAUGUCAUUGUGAUGUGUGUGUCAGUGUAAAUAGCAUGCUUUUUUCACCUUCUAUUUAUUACCAACCCAAGUGUAACUGUCAAUUUGCCAUUCAUUCCUAACGAGUCGCUGUUCGCUAAAUUGCCAGCGCGACCUCACACCUCCCCAUCACCUGAUUGGGGACGACACUACAAACUCUAGAACAUUUCUGGAAAGGGCCCGAGUGUUCCAAAUUGUGUGUCACAUUUCCAAAAGGUCGUUAUAUUCUAAAACAGGUGACCACAGGAAGUGAGGCGCAGGGUCAUUAACCUCUUUACACCGACUGAGGAGGGAGGCGUCCAUCUUUGCAGAGGGCAGACAAGGACUGGAAAGUGACUGGGACUGUCAUGGGAAGGAGAUGGGAAAGGUGGCUGAUGUGGAGACGUGGAGAUGGAGGGCAUUCAGUAGACCCACUUACGAGAAUGAGUUUGAGGAUGUAGACUAUGAAAGGCUGCGACGAACUGAGAAGAGAUUGACGUAGAUAAACGUUUGAACAUAUAAGUGUCGCUGUCAACAGGGGGGCAGGUUAAGGAAACACCACACAAGUUAAACAGACCUGCUUGUUUCAUUGCUUUAAAAUCCUUUGACUGCUCACAAACAAAGGCACUUCUGUUUCAUUGAGACUCACCAUGCAUUUAGAGGCUCCAUAGACCCGCCACUCUCCUCUUUGAUCGUAAUCUCAAACGAGGCAGGCAUUUGCUUCCUCGACUUUAGUUUAGGCACACAAAAAGAAAUAUGCAGUAUUCUAUAGCCGGAACCCAUAUCUGAAUUGGCACCGACUUCUUAGUAGGACUUUUUAAUGGCAGGGCGAGAAGGGGCGAUUGCAUGUGCUAAGAUGGGGUGCUUUCUGUUAUUAUCCAUAACACUAGCCCGUGUAUGUUCCCGUCCCAAGCCGCAUGAAGGAUCUGUGUGCGACGGGGAACCAGGGGACUGGCAUGGGACAGGGCUACUAGACAAACUGGCUUCAUCCAUCCGGCUUUCCUGGCCAUUAACUUGUCAUGACUCAGCCGAAUCACAGUACUGACCGACACAGGUCUGACAUACAGAACCAGUCAAAGGUUUGGAUGCGCCUAGUCGUUGGAGGGGAAUUUCUUUAUUUUUACUGUUUUCCACACUGUAGAAUAACAGUGAAGACAUCGAAACUGUGAAAUAACACAUGGAAUCAUGUAGUAGCCAAAAACGUUUAAACAAAUCAAAAAAGGUUUAUGUUUUAGAUUCUUCAAAGUAAUCACCUUGAUGACAGCUUUGCACAUUCCUGGCAUUCUUUCAACUUUAUUAGUAUGCUUUGGAAAAUUUAAAAAAUAAGGAAAUACCCUUGAAUGUGUUGGUGUCCAACCUUCAGACUGAUACUGUACAUUUGCUUUAUUCAAUAUAUAACGCAGUGAUGAAAGUCCAUGUUUUUGCUGGUUUGGACAAAUCAAUUUGAUUAAUUCCCACAACCACCCACUCGUCAAAGAGAAAAUGAGGUAGUCAUUCAUGAAAUUGACGUUUUUAUUUCAAUAAAUUCCCAUUGUUUGCACGUCCGCUAAAUUAAAAUGUAGGUUAAUUAUGUUUAAAAUAAGAAAACUAAAUUACCUCAUAAACAUGAUUGUAAACCAUAGUGUAGUGAUAACAAACCAGUGGAGUUUAUUUUUAAUCUUUCUUUACAGACUUUUGUAUUUAAACCUACAUAUUUGUAUUGUAAUUACAUUGU